AUGACCCUAAAAAAAAAUACAUACACAAUAAGACAUCCAGAUCCAGUACAUAAAAUCCAAUGUUGUUAACGAACAUUCCAUUGGGGGGCAACAUUGUCUUAGGAUAAAGCUCCCACUGUUAGUUGGUCUUCUACUGACGUUCAGAAUUGGAAGAUAUCAACUACUUUUCAAGGGCACUGUGUCAUGGGUUAACCUAAAACAUUGAAUACCUCCAUUAUUUUCCAAUUAAGUGGCAAUGAAGAUUGAAUUUUCCUUACACAUCUGCCAGUAAUGACAGCUAUUACUGACAGGUCACAGUUCCCUACAAAGAAUGGGCAGGAACGAACUUGGGGACUCAUAAAGCCUCGUUUUACACAGCAAGACAACAAAACAUCUCACAAUGGGGUUCCAACAACACUGGGUAAUUUGACAGAAAGAUGUCUGGCACUGUUACACACAGCAGCCCCCUUUUAACUGGCCCUCAACAAAGAAAACAAAAGGAAGAAGAAAUUGCACACUAGUCCACUUCAACAAACCUCAUUCACCUCAGCUCUCUAAGGCUGCAGUAAUGUGACAGCAGGAAGGAAGGAAGGAAGGAAGCAGAAUGUGAAGUGUGUUGUCUUGAUUGCCUCUUCAUAAGAAUCUGCCUCUCUCAGGGUGACCACUCGUAAGCACAACUCUGCACUGAGGCCUCCGCCCAAGAGUGAACAAAGUGUACAUCAGUCAUCAGACUUUGAGAAGAGGAUCCCUGCGACUAUAGGUCAAAGUUUGCGCUCCCUGGCUGUCACUCUUUGGAUGGAUGCAACAUUAUGGAGUGGCUAGAGAGCAGAGCGUAAGAGGUGGGGCGGGUCACCGGAGCAGAAACAUCGAGGACCAAUCCAUAUUGAGGUCUGUGAUGCGAAGCGGAGAGAGCUUCUGUGAAUAUCGUGACGGGAAGAUGGGAUGUCUUUAACUGUGCAGUGAAAUGAACAUGACCUUCAUUCUGCCCUCAGUCUGGUAACAAGUGAAGACUUCGUCCAGCUUGUAGAAGCAUCCGGUACCCAAUAUAAAGAAACAGAAGGUGGAACAAAGGGAGGAGAGAUAAAAGGAGAGACUAGAGAGGUAGAGUUGGGAAGAAGAAGAAGAAGAAGAGUACAGAGUGGAAGUGAGAGAGAGAAAGAGACUCCCAUUUUUCAAGAUGGAUCUGAGUCUGCUCAAGGCUCUGGAACGAGAGAAGGUUCUAGAGGUUCUUCAGAGGGACAAACUUCUGCGCAACAUGGAGGAGGACAGGAUCAGGAGGCUGAAGAUGGAGCUACAGGACAUCCGGAGGAAAGGUGCGAAGAGUUUUGCCCGGCAAUACAGCGAGAGGACGUGUGCCCGUUGUCAGAGGCCACUGGGCAAGUUCUGGAACUCGGGCGCUGUGUGCCAAGGCUGCAGUCACCGCAUCUGCAACAAGUGCCGCGUGGGCGUGUCCACGCUGGACUGGAAGUGCACUGUCUGCCACGCCUACAGGGAGGUAAAGUUCAGGUCUGGGGAGUGGUUUGUGGAAGAGAGGGCCAAGAAAUUUCCACCUGAUGCAGAAAUGCAUGAGACUAUUGGGGAGAAACUACUGAAGUCCUACCAGAGGUUGAGUCAUAUAGCAGUCGUGCCGCCAACCCCUCCACCCUAUUACGAUGGGCUAUCCUUCAGCAAAUCAUGGGGACUGAAUCACGACUUGAAAAAACCCUUCACCAAGUCUAUGGAGGAUCUGAUGAUUUCCCUCACCAGCCACAUGAGAAGGUUCUCCAGAUCGCAGGAGGAUGUGCGAGUGGAACAGGAUCUGCUUACAGUGGACAACAGCCAGGGACAGAGGACUGUCCAGAAAAGCCUCUCUGACACAAACAUCAACAAAUCCACCAAUCUAACCAAAGGCCCCAGUCUUCCCAACCUGUUCAGGAAGAGCCGGAAUGAUGACCAGAGCGGUUCCUCAUCAGGGGCAGAUGAGGACAUUUCCCUCUGCUCAGAGUACUUAGGGGGAAAGAGGGGUAGUAGUGCUAGCAGCACUGGUACAGACUGUGAUCUCUUGGAGAUCAGCAGUGUGAUGGGAGAGCUAGAGCUCGCCAUCGCCUUCAACGACAUCACUUCCUGCCUGGAGAUCACAAUCAACGGCUGCAGAAACUUGGCCUACGGAGAUAUCAAGAGGAAGAAGUGUCAUCCGUAUGUAAAGGUUUAUCUACUGCCGGAGAAGUCUCAGAGCACCAAACUGAAGACGACGGUCAAGAGGAACACAACGGAUCCCGUUUAUAAUGAAGUUUUACAGUGCCAGAUGGAGCGCCCCCUGUUGUCCAGGAGUACUCUGCAGGUGUCUGUGUGGCACUCUGGGACUCUGAAGAAGAAGGUGUUUCUGGGAGAGAUUCUCGUCCCGCUGGAGGGGUGGAUGUUUGAGGAGAGCACCACCCAGGGCUCCAGCUGGUACCCCCUGUGUCCCAAGCCUGAGAGUCCAGAAAGGAGUGCAGUAGAGCAGGAUACAGCAGGAGAACUGCUGGUCAGAGUGAAGUUCACCUCCUUGUCCCAGCCGUCCUGGGUUUGCCAUACAGAUGAGGUUCAUAUUGGACCACAUGACGUUGGUCAACUGACUGUUCUCGUCACUGGUGCCAAAAACCUGCCCACUAAAGCAAACACCAGUCAGAACACCUAUGUAAAAGGGUGCUUGACUCUCCCCGGGCCCAGGGAGCUGGUCCAGAGGACCCCUGUCCUGAAGAAGAAGCCCAGUCCAGAGUGGUCUCACCAGCUGCUCUUCAGCAGGGUCACACCUUACGACCUCCAGAUCUGCACUCUGGAGCUGGACCUCUGGGACCAUGCCCCCUUCACCUUCUCAGACCGUCUCCUUGGCUGGGUUAGAAUGGAAGCUGGGUCGUCUUGGCAACUGGUGCUGCAGAUGCCCAACAUGUGGCAUGACUUUAGUUUACCCAUGCAAGCCAAUGUCAACAGCAGGAGAACAUGAUGUCAACAGAAAAAAAGCCUGUCGCCCCAUAAGAACAGACUCAGUACUUUAACUCUACCUUUAACUCUAUUUGCACUGACUAUCAGGCCUUUGCUUUGUGAAAGUCCCUCCAGUUAGAUAUUUAUGUACCAUUUGAUGACUUAUGUAUUAAAGGGAUAUUCCACUCAAAAUGAAACCUAUUGUUUUUUAUUUCUGUGUUUAAAAGGAUGUUCCAUUCAAAAUAUAACCAAACAUGAUUUUUCUACUUUCCUUGGGAAAUACGACAACUGAGGUAAGUGGGAAAUCAUGUUAGAUUGUAUUUGAGUGGAAUAUUCCUUGUGCUUUAAGGAUGCUCACCUGAUGCCAUUUCAUGUAUGAGAAUCAUUGUCUGAGGUGACUGUAUACAACAAGUGUUCUUCUUUCAUUCCUUCCCUUAGUUUCUUCUUGUCCUUUCUAUUUAUGAUAUAAUAAAAAGGAGCAUCUGCACCUGUAGUUAACUUAUUUGCCUCAAGUCAGUAGGACAAAAAGCAGAAAGUGAAAACAUAGUACGAAGCUGUAAUCACAGGAGAUCUUUAUUGCCAAUAUGUUGAACACGUUAUAAAGUCAAGCUUAAAUAAAGGACAGCGACUGCACAUCGUCAUCGGUUACAGUCAGUAAAAACGAGUCUAGUACACAUCCAGAGAAAGAAGAGUCAAUAGCGAGACAGGGACUGAAGCCUAUGGAGGCUCAAGAGGAACAUCCAAUAGAAAAAGGCCUCUCUGUGGGGUUAAAACCACCACCAUGUGCCGAACUGGUUGAGAUGUCAUAACUUAAUUUCAAAUAGUUUCUGGUUGUAAUGACAAUUUUUCAAGCAGUUUUGUCCGCUGGGUGCAUUCAUAACAUACUGACUGAAAACAUGUCAUCCUCUCAUUCCUCACUUAAAGGUGACAUAAACGAAAAAAAGAAAGUAGAAAUGUAAGUGUUUUUGUAUAAGCACGGUGCUCCUGGAGAAGAUGCAUUUAUGCCUCAUAAAUGCAGCUAGCUACCGUGAACUGUAUAGCAAAAAUGUAAAGUACCUAUAGGAUCUCCUUAUCCUGAUUUGAUGACAUGCAGCGGAAUAUUUAAUUAAAGGCCCAUUGCAGUCAAAAACGUGAUUUUCCUGUGUUUUAUAUAUAUAUUUCCACACUGAGGUUGUAAUAAUACUG